UGAAACCCACGACUCCCUCUGUAUAAAACAUUUUCUGGUGUCCUGUUUUAUUCGGUGGUUUAGAGUAAUGAAGAGAAAAUGCAUGUGAUAUCUCAAAGUUGUGUCCUCUUUUUGUGGAUGCAUGUGCUGACCUCUGUAAAAUGCAAAGAUUGUACACUUGCUGAAUUCAAAUCAAGCCCCCACUUUGAUCAAAAUUUUGAUACAUCUACUCUGGCAUCCACAUACCCGGGUGGAAGUUCAGUGAGAGUGCCCUGCAAGAUUGGUUACACUGGAUUUUUCAAGAUCCUGUGUCUUGACACUGGUUGGACCCCAGCUCCCGGGAAUAGAAACUGUGAACCAAAACCAUGUGGUCACCCUGGAGAUGCCCAAUUUGCACGUUUUCGCCUUGAAGUGGGAGAUGAUUUUGUCUUUGGAUCAGAAGUUGUUUACACAUGCAACAAAGGUUUUACAAUGAUCAGUCGCUCAAACCGACGGCGCUGCCUGGCAAAUGGCUGGGACGGUUUUGUCCCUGUGUGUGAAGCUCAGAAAUGUCAAACCUUUCCAGUGAAAGAAAAUGUCCAGGUGCGAGGGGAUACAGAAGAAGCAACCUAUGGCACCAUAAUUAAAUUUAGCUGCACAAACAGAGGAGAAAUCCUGAGUGGACCAGAAGAGAUUGUUUGUGAUGAAACAGGAAAGUGGAGUGACAAACCUCCAGAUUGUAGAGCAAUAAAAUGUGACGCCCCGGCUAGCAUUGAUCACGGUCGUGUGUCUGACAAUCGUCAAGAAUUCAAAGAAAAUGAAGAGUUGAAUUUUGUCUGUGAUGAGGGAUACAUACCCAGGGACAGAAGACCUUCCAAAUGCACACAAUUUGGAAAACGAGCAGACUGGUCCCCCACACCUGAAUGUAGAGAAAUAAAGUGUGAACUAGUUCUGCCAUCUGAGAGAAGCACAUAUAAUCCUCCAAACAAAAAUAUGUUUUCACCUGGUGAAACUGUAGAAGUCACAUGUCGGGAGACUGACUGGGUUUCAAACCCUCAAACUACCAAAGCGGUGAUUACUUGUAAAGAUGACGGAGAAUGGACGAGCCGACCAGAGUGCAGUGAGUUUUUUUGUAAUGACCCAACAAGGGAACAACAGGUGUAUAACUGGUAUGCCACUAGAGAACAAAAGAGAUUACGUGGAUAUGUAAGAUAUAGCUGUAAUCCUGGCUUUGUGAAACCACGGGGCACCACUCAAGCUCAGUGCACAAGAGAUGGAUGGACACCAAAACCACUUUGUACAGGGACAACGUGUUAUAGACACAUCAUUGACAAUGCAGACAUUAUCCAGGGUGACAAGUCUUCUUACAGAAAUGGUGAUAGAGUCAUGUACAGAUGCUUGAAUGGGGAUCAAGAAACUUUCUCUCUUACUUGUAAGCAAGGAAGCUGGAACGGGAUUAGGACCUGUCCAGGUGUCACAAAUUGUGGAAAACCUGAAAUUCAAAAUGGAUUUGGAGUUAGGCCAUUCGAUGACACUUUGUACUACUCCUGUGAUAAUAACUAUAAGCCUUAUUCCACAAAAGCCUGGUGGGAUGUGGCCACAUGUAAAGGCACAAAAUGGAUUGAAACUCCACGAUGUAUAGCACAAAACACGUGUGGAAAACCUCCUGUGAUUUCUAAUGGGAAAUUGAUUGACACCGAUCAAACUUUAAACAUUGUUUGUGAUACUGGAUACACCCCUCAGAAUACCCGUGUGACCUGUGAAAAUGGAGAAUGGGAUGUAACACAAGAUUUACUCAAAACUAUUUGUACACCCAGUCAAGGAUCAUGUGGCGUACCACCUAAAGUUGAGAAUGCAGUUGUUAAUGGAACCUUUCAGAAAAAAUAUCUACCUGGCUCUAGAGUAACUUACAAAUGCCGUGAUAAGUAUCAGAUAAAAGGAGGAGAUACAAUUACCUGCAGACACGGGAAAUGGGACAAGGUCACCUGUAGCUGUGAACAAUACUGUGAAAAAUUACAAGAUGACGAGAUCACACUUGAGCCAACCCAAACUAAAGAAAGAUAUGCAGAUGGAGACACACUUGACUACAGAUGCAAGGCUGGUACAAAAGAAGGCACUGCAACUUGUACCAAUAGCAGGUGGUCUAAAACUGUAGAAUGUCAAGGGUUAGUAGGUUGUUUGACUCCGCCAUUCCUUGAAGAUGGAGACUUCUUGGAAAGCAGAAGUCAUUUUUCACAUAACGAGAGAGUUGCAUACAGAUGUCAGGCUUACCACAUAAUGGAGGGUGAACCAUACAAAACAUGCAAGGAUGGUAUCUGGACUGGAGAGAUGAGAUGUCUCAAACCCUGCACUGUCAGUCAAGAUGACUUUGAUGACAAUAACAUUGAUUUCAAAAUAACAGGAUUAGAUAAACUAUAUUCACUACAUGGUGAUCACAUGACAUUCAAAUGUAAACCAGGAUUUGAACGUGUCGGUGAUGUACUAAUGCGUCAGCAGUGUAAUGAUGGUGAGAUGACCCUGCCCACCUGCCAGAGACGUCAGUGACUUCAGCUUAAUUAAAAUGUGCAGAAAAACCAACAGCAAAGCAUAAUCUGAUUCAUUGCUGUGUGUGGUCAUUCUAAUAAAAUCAUAUGUGCUGAA